AUGGAGGUGGAGAGUCCGAGGGGGGGGGGGGGACUCUGGUACAACAACAUGAGAGGGCUUUCAUUAGCGAGCCAAUGUCUUGACCCGACUAAGAGGCUGGGUGGAGCAGAGGGGAGAGGAGGGAUUUGUUGGCGGGUACGGGUGCGAGAGGCUAUGCCAGUGGGUUUAGGUGGUGGAGGAGGGGAGGGGGCAUGGGUUGGUGAAGAGGGAGCACGAAGUGGUGGGGAGGGUCGAUGGGAUGGAGGGGAGGGUUCACGUGGUGGUGAAGGGACAGCUGAAAGUGGGGAGGAAGAGGGGUUGGUGGGGUCGGGGAGUAUGGCAGAGAGGUUGGGGUCGGGGUUUGGGGUGAAGGGAGUUGGGUCUCGGGGAGGGUGA